UGGUCACCAAGCCCUGGCACGCCUGUGUGCCCACAGCCACCCACCCCGAGCAGAAACCCAGGGCCGUGGCCCUAGUGCCCAUUUGGCCCCAAGCUGAGGAAGAGACAGGAGAGCAGAGCCCAGUGCAGACGACGCAGAACCUCACCAUGGAGUUCCCUGGCUCCUGGUGGCCAGCUCUCAUCGGGGAACACGUGCCUGAAAUCCUCACAGGGAGCAUCACGCUGCUCGUCUGCCUCGGGGGGCUGCUGGGGAACGGGACCAUCCUCUGGCUCCUCAGCUGCCGUGUCCACAGGAACCCCUUCAGCACCUACUUCCUGAACCUGGCCGUGGCUGACUCCUGCUUUCUCCUCUGCACCUCGGCUUUCCUCCUCCUCUACCACGUGCCCAUGCUCGUCUGUUUUCAGCCCAAGGUUCUCACCAGCCUCUACCUCCUCACGGCCAUCAGUGUGGAGAGGUGUGUGGGUGUCCUCUGGCCCUUCUGGUGCCGAUGCCACCGCCCCAAGCUCCUCUCAGCCGUCACCUGCAGCCUGCUGUGGGCCCUCACCAGUGUCCUUGCUGGGCUGGUGUACUUUGGGUGUGACCUGGGCCAGUCUGAACGCUGCUGGAUGGUUCUUGGAACCCUGUGCUUUCUCAAUUUCUGCUUUUUCACUCCUUUCAUGGUUCUUUCCAACGUGAUCCUCUUCAUCAAGCUCAGGCGUAGCUCUUGGCAGCACCAUCCCGCGAGGCUGUACGCUGUCAUCUUCCUCACUGUUCUCUUCUUCCUCCUCUUUGGCAUCCCGCUCAGUGUCCAGAUCUUCCUCAACUUCUUUGUCUACACUAAUUUUGUCUUUGAGAUCUGCCUCUUGCUGGCCUCUUUCAACAGCAGCAUCAAUCCAGUGAUUUAUGUCCUGGUUGGAAGCUACAGAAAGUUGAGGUUCAGGGGGUCUGUCAAAGUGGCUCUUCAGAGGGUCUUUGAAGACAGAGCACAUUCCCAAGAGAGAAGCAGCAGAGGUUCUGCAAGGAGCACGUUGUUCCCUGCCACGGAGAGAGCCAGCCCAGCGUGCUGGAGCCAGCCUGGUGAGAUGGCACACAACAGGAGCUGGCAUCCCAGGCUGCUGAGGCGUGAGGAUGACAACCACAACCGGACCGACUGUGAAUCUGGUCACUUGGGCACAGACUGUGUCACUCUGCUCGUCUGUGGCUGGGGGCUGGUGGGGAACGGGGCCGUGCUCUGGUUCCUCCGCGCCCGCCUCUGGAGGAACCCCAUCACCAUCUACAUCCUCAGCCUGGCUCUUGCCAACUUCACCUUCCUCCUCUCCAUCGCCGCGGCCCUUGGGGUGUUCUUCAUCCCGGAGAGCCUUUGUCACAGGCUGGGCUCACGGGAUGUGCCAACUGUGUUGACCAUCAUCAUCCUCUUCGCUUUCACUGCCAGCGUCUACAGCCUGACAGCCGUCAGUGCCACAACGUCCCUGUCUGUCCUCCCCCUGACCUGCUGCCCCUGCCACCACUCCCAGCGCUGCCCGGUGCUCGUGUGUGCCCUGCUCUGGGUCCUCUCCUUCCUCCUCACCGUGACCCUCUACUUCUGCCCUGCAGCGCUCAUGGUCUUCAUCCUGAGCUAUUUCUCAUCAGUUCUCACCCUGAUUUUUUCCGCUCUAACUUUGCUUGCCAGGAUCUUGUGCUGUUCACCACGAUAUCCCCCGAGGAAGCUCUGGGUUGUGGUCCUGCUAGCUGUCAUCGUCUUCCCCUUCCUCACUGCUGAUUUUAGUUUCUGGCUCUUUUUAAGACUGUUUGAUUUUUCGGGGUUUGUCUUUAACACUUCUCUCCUGUUGGCCUGUGUGAACAGCAGCAUCAACCCCGUUAUCUACUUCUUGGCUGGGAACUGUGCAAACAAGUUCACACUCUCUGUCAGGGCUGCUUUCCAGAGGGCUUUUGAAGAUGGAACAGAGCCUCAAAUGAGAAGCAAAACUCCCAGAGAAAGCCCAGUGGAAACAGUUGUUUAA